UAUCUUAUUCCAAAUUUAUGAAAGGAGAACAAGAUCAGAUUUUCUGGCUUGAAGAUGUCAAGAAGGCUUUUGAAGCUAAUCAUAUUGAUAACAUUAGGAAAAUUCCUGUGAUUGUUCCUAAAUUGAAAGAAUUGACUUCCACUUGGUGGUUUGCCCAACUUACACAAAGAAAACAACUUCCUGGAGAAAGUGUCAAUUCUUACUAUGUGGCAGUAGAGAAAAUGAUUCGUAGAGUCAAGGCUGAGACUGUCUCUUCUUUUAUUCCAAAUACACUACAAGUUGUAUAUGAAAGAGCAAAAGCAUUUGAAAACACUUAUAAACAGAACCCCACAUAUGCAGCUUUUUUAGAACAAACUCCUGAAUACCCUUUACAAGUUACUCAAUAUCAAAAUAACCUAGUCUCACCUCUUAUAUCUGUUUUCAAUGGAACUAAUGUUGCGAUCAAUAAGCUUACUGAGGCUGUGAAUAAAAUAAACAAUCAAACCAAAACUAUAGAAGAACAACAUUUUUACUUUGGGAUCAGAGAAGAAGACUCUUCCAUUUUCAUCCUUGCAGAAGUCCAAGAAAAAGUUAUUCCUUUAAUUGUAGAUAGUGGAUCCUCUGGAAGUGUUAUAUCCUCCUAUUUAUUAAAAGCAUUAGAAGUUAAAAUUGAUAGACCUUCUACAAUAAAUAUGAUAAUGUCCAUGAAAAAUGUAAAAGGCUUCUAUAAUGUGCUUGUGGGAAAUAAUUGGUUUUUUCAAGUAAAUGCCUUGAUUGAUUGGGAUGCUUCUGAGUUGACUCUUACUUGGGAAGGAAAAGAAGUCAUAAUAUCUGUAGAAUUUAGAAAAGUAACCCCAAAAUCCCUUGAAGCUAACAGAUCUAUAAAAAUAGAGCAGAAAGUAAUUGAGAUUGAGGAAAAUGAUGAAAUAAAGGAAGAAGAAUCAGAAGACGAAAAGGAGUUCGAAGAGGAAGAAUUAGAAGAUAGGAUUUACAAAUUUUCUGAAUUAGAGGAGGAAGAUGAAAGUUUUGAAGAUGAUAAUAUGUAUUCUAAAAAUGCACUUAGAAAUAACCUAGGAGCAGAAGAAGCCUAA